AUGGCGGCGCCCGUCCUGCCCCUGCAGCAGGUGAAACUUGCUUCGCUGCCCUCCACCCGCCUGACACCAGAGCAACAAUACUGGCGCACCUUCAAGAAUCCCCUUCUUAUUCCUUCGCCUGCCAAUGGCCCAGUCAAUCUAAUUACACAGCCUUCGGCGCCGUCCUCGCCCGCUGCAUUUCCGUCCCUGACCCAACCGCCAGACGUUUUCACCGUCACCACCGGCGCACGCGUGCAGAUUUACUCGAUUCGUACCCGAAAGCUUCUGCGAACGAUCACUCGAUUCGAUGACACCGUGCGGGGCACCGAUGUCCGCCCCGAUGGGCGGAUUUUUGUGGCGGGUGAUGACACAGGGAAAGUGCAAGUGUUCGACGUCAACUCGCGUGCGAUUUUGAAGACGUGGACGGAUCACAAGCAGCCGACAUGGGUGACCAAGUUCUCCCCCAGUGACCCUACAACACUCCUGUCCGCAAGCGACGAUCGCACUGUGCGCCUGUGGAAUUUGUCCUCGGACUCAAGCGCGCGGACCUUUGUCGGUCAUACCGACUAUGUCCGAAGCGGCUCCUUCAUGCCUGGCUCAAUGGCCUCAUCUGGAUUGCUCGUUUCUGGCUCCUACGAUCGAACUGUCCGCAUCUGGGACCCCCGUGUGGAAGGUCGCGCCGCGAUGACGUUCAAGAUGGGUGCUCCUAUUGAGACUGUGCUACCUAUGCCGGCGGGCACCACGGUUUUGGCGGCCGCGGACAACAAGAUCGGGGUCCUCGAUAUUGUGGCUGGAAAGCCGCUCCACAUCAUUCAAAGCCAUCAGAAGACGGUUACAUCUCUCGCGUUGGCCUCUAAUGGCGAGCGUCUCAUCAGUGGUGCUCUUGAUGGCCACAUGAAGGUCUUCGAGACGACGGGAUGGAACCCUGUAUCGGGGACCAAGUACCCGUCCCCGAUCCUCACGCUCAAGGUGAUCACCUCUGGUCUCGCAUACGAAGAUAGACAUAUUGCUGUCGGUAUGCAAUCUGGUCUUCUGUCGGUCAAGACCCGACUUUCUGGUCAACAGAAAGUUAAGGAGCGUGAACGCCAGAAGGAAAUGCAAGCCUUGCUGGAGGGCAAGUUGGAGGAACACGACCGACAAGUUGCAAAGAAACAGAAACUCCGCGGUUCCGGCUGGGAGAAGCGUCUUCGUGGACGCGACUUCACCGGCGAGGGAGUGGACAUUAUCAUUGAGGGCCAGGACCGCAAGCGACGCAAGAAGGAACAGCCAUGGGAAAAUGAUCUGCGCAAAGGACGCUAUUCCGUCGCACUUGACCAAGUGCUCUCUUCCACCGACAAGACUGCGCAGCUCACCCUCUUCACAGCGCUUCGACACCGCUCGGCGCUGCGUGCCUCACUCAAGGACCGCGAUGAAGUCACUCUGCAACCCGUUCUGCACUGGAUCUACAAACACAUCCGCGAGCCUCGUCUUGUGAACCUGUGCGUUGAGGUUGCGAUGAACCUCCUCGACAUUUAUUCAGGCAACCUCGGUCAGUCUGCCCAAAUUGACAAGCAAGUAGAGCGUCUGCAUAAACGAGUACGGGACGAGGUCGAGAUGGCCCAGCAUGCGUGCCAAACGAAAGGUAUGCUGGAUAUGUUGAAGGUCACCUAA